AUGGCUAAUCCAAAAGCUUUUCUACAUGAAUGGUGUGCAAAGAAUAAUUUGGAACCACAGUUUCAAACCAAGCAAGCCGGUUCAGAGUAUAAACUACAGUUUAUAUGUGAAGUUACUGUAACUGGACAUAAUUACAUAGGUUUAGGAAAUUCAAAUAAAAAAAAAUCAGCUCAAUUAGAUGCAUCAAAAGACUAUCUCUUAUACUUGACAAGGCAGGGAUUGGUAUCUACUGAUUCGUUACCAUCUAAUUGUAUUUCUAGUCCUGCUUCAAAUGAUUUAAUGAUUGAUGCAUCCCAAAGAUUAAUGAAUAAUGUGCUACCAAAAUCUGCUCAUCAAGAAAACGAAACUCCCAAUAUGCUUGGUGAUGCUUAUCGACCAAAUGGGAAUGUUCAGUUUAAAAAUUGUUUAAAUGACAACAGUUUAGUUGAAAAGGCAGAAAGUUUAGAUGUGCAUUUUGAUGUAUGUGGUAAUUCGACAGUUGAUAAUACCAAAUUUAUUCAAUCUAAUGAGUUAAAAAAAAAUCCAAAAGCUUUUCUACAAGAAUGGUGUGCAAAGAAUAACUUGGAACUACAGUUUGAAGCCAUGCAAUCUGGUACAAAACUUAGACCACAAUUUAAAUUUGAAAUUACUCUAACUGGACAUAAUUACAUAGGUAUGGGAAAUUCAACUAAUAUAAAAAAUGCUCAAGAAAAUGCAUUCUACGAUUUUCUCUUAUACUUGACGAGGGAAGGAUUUGUAUCUACUGAUUCGUUACCAUCUAAUUGUAUUUCUGGUCCUGCUUCAAAUGAUUUAAUGGUUGAUGCAUCCCAAAGAUUAAUGAAUAAUGUGCAACCAAAAUCUGCUUAUCAAGAAAACAAAACUCCCAAUAUACUCGGUGAAGCUUAUCGACCAGUUGGGAAGGCAAAUUUUCAGUUUAAUGAUUUUUUGAAUGACAAAAGUAAUGUUGAAGAGGCAAAACGUUUAGAUGCGAAUGCCGCUGUACACGGUGGUUGGACAAUUGAUAACGCUAAAUUACGUUUAAAUCAAUUUAUUCAAUCUAAAAAGUUAAACAACACUGAUUACAAAUAUAGUUCUAUCGGGAAGUAA